AUGUCAGGAAAGGUAUUUAUAUCGGUUGUUUCUCUUAUCCUUGUCGUUGGUGUUGCCAUCGGGGUUGUUAUCGCUGUUCAGAAGAAUGGUGAAGAUCCUCAGAUCAAAACUCAACAAAGAUCUGUUCAAAUUGUUUGUCAAAAUACAGAAGAUCAAAAGCUUUGCCAUGAUACUCUUAAAUCCGUUAAUGGCAUGGAGAGCAUGGAUCCCAAGGCAUACAUAGCAGCGGCCGUGAAAGCCACCACUGACAGUGUUAUUAAGGCUUUCAACAUGAGUGAUAGACUCUCCACGGAGUACGGUAGCAAAGAUAAUGGCAUCAAGAUGGCUCUUGAUGACUGCAAAGAUUUGUUGCAGUUUGCUAUGGACAGUCUUGAAAUGUCCACCAAUUUGGUACGUGACAACAACAUUCAAGCUGUGCAUUCUCAAACUCCUGAUCUCAGGAAUUGGUUGAGCGCAGUUAUCUCUUACCAACAAAGUUGCAUGGAAGGAUUUGAUGAUCAAAAAGAUGGUGAGAAAAAGAUCAAGGAACAAUUUCAUGUAGGGUCUUUGGAUAGCAUGCAAAAGAUCACCGGUGUUGCACUUGAUAUCGUGAGUAGUUUGUCAAACAUCCUUCAGGAAUUCAACAUGAAGCUUGAUCUUAAACCGGCUUCUCGUCGUCUUCUUGCUGAGGAUAUUGACAAUGAAGGAUUCCCUUCAUGGUUCUCUGCUUCUGAUCGUAAGCUUUUGGUUAAAUUGAAAGGAAAAGGAUGGAGAUCAAAAAUUCAGCCUAAUGCAAUUGUUGCCAAGGAUGGUAGUGGACAAUUUAAAACCAUUAAGGAUGCUAUUGACGCUUACCCUAAGGAAAACAAGGGAAGAUAUAUUAUCUACGUUAAGGCUGGUAUUUAUGACGAGUACAUCACCGUCCCUAAGACUGCUGCUAACAUCCUUAUGUAUGGUGAUGGCCCUCGAAGGACCAUUGUCACCGGUAAAAAGUGCUUUGCUAAUGGUGUCAAGACCAUGCAAACCGCCACCUUUGCCAACACCGCACCUGGAUUCAUCGCAAAGUCAAUGGCAUUCGAGAACACAGCCGGUCCUGAUGGUCACCAGGCCGUCGCUUUGAGAAACCAAGGAGAUAUGUCUGCUUUCGUCGGUUGCCAUAUCCUUGGUUAUCAAGAUACAUUGUACGUUCAAACCAACAGACAAUUCUACCGCAACUGCGUCAUCUCUGGAACCAUCGAUUUCAUCUUCGGAACAUCACCAACCUUGAUUCAACAAUGCAUGAUCAUCGUCAGGAAGCCUAACAUGAAUCAGUUAAACACAAUUACCGCUGAUGGAACAACCGAGAAGAACAUGGUCACAGGUAUUGUGAUCCAAGAUUGCCAGAUCGUUCCAGAAGCACAAUUGUUUCCAGUGAGAUUCCAAAUCAAAUCUUACUUGGGAAGACCAUGGAAGGCAUACUCAAGGACAGUUGUGAUGGAAUCCACCAUUGGUGACUUCAUUCAUCCAGAAGGUUGGUUCCCAUGGACAGGUGAACACUUCGAAAACACAUGUUACUAUGCUGAAUAUGCCAACACUGGACCUGGUGCCGAUGUUAGCAAGAGGAUCAAGUGGAAGGGUUAUCAUGUCAUCAGCCAGGCUGAAGCUAACCAAUUCACUGCUGCUCAAUUUCUUAAGGCUGGACCUACCUCUGGAGCUGAAUGGUUGAAUGCUCUUCAAGUUCCUCACUAUCUUGGCUUCAAAGCUUGA